GGAGUGCUUUGGAUCGGGCAGCGUGCCGGGCACCGACCGAGAGCCGGAGUCAAAACACUGAGCACACCGUCUCCCGAUGGAAGGGUCCAGAAGCGACGGUGGCCAAGCGAGGGAGCAUCUCAGCGACCGUAGGACUGUCGGUGCGGACGACCACUGACCCUAAACUUACACCUGUGACGGAGUGGAGUAACGUUCGGAGGCUUGUGCAGUUUUCGUUUUCGGUUGUGUGACUUCGGGGUCUGCUCUGCCCCGGAAAAAAAAAAGAACCCAUGCCGGCUCCGUAUCGACCCAACAUGGCCGCGCUUCUCGUGUUUGGGCUGUGGGUUGCUGCUGCGGGAUUUCCCUGUGUGAUGUGCUCUGCAGAGAGUGUGGGCUUCGAGGCAGCUUUUCAAGGUGAAUGCCGAGUGGACGGCCCGUGUCAACAGAUGUGCUUUGACUUGCACGACGGGACGUUCGAGUGUGGAUGCACGCCCGGCUACCGGCUAUCUUCUAACGGCUACAGCUGCCAACUCUUGCAACAAGGGGAACCGGAACCGGAGAACCGGCACAAGGGCGAGGCCCCCACCGUCUCGGCCAGUGACGCCAAACAGAGGACCACGAGCAGUGGCGCUGGAUACCUGAGGCAAACGCCACUCAUGCGGAGACGAAUGCACGGAAACUCCAUCAACACUCCGGGAAGCCAGAUGAGGCCCGCCCGCCCGGACGAAGGAUCAGCCGGAGAUACUGAGUACGAGAACAACGUGGAUGUCAUCCUGGGCGAAGACGCCGACCUGUCUCGGCAGCAGCAGCAGCAUCGCGGCGUCGGCGCCAGCCAGUUGUCCCGCUCGGCGGGUCACAAGCGGGCUUCGCAAAGCGGCGCUGAAGCAGCCGACGGUUGGCAGGGUGACGACCCAGGUCCGGCUGCGGCAUCGGGGGAAGGCGACCGGCAGCGUUCCUGGCAAGAGGACGACCCUUGGUCCGAGGAUGCCCCGUACCCGUCGGACAAGCAGCGUAGGCGCCGUGGACCGGCCACCGAGGCCGGCGGAGAGGGAAGCCGCUACGAGCCUCCUCUCAACACGAUCGCCAUGACGACCGUGGCCACCACCGGCGACGAGUCGGUGCCGGCUCCAGGAAUGACGUCGCCGUGCCAGCAGCUCUCCUGCUCGAGGACGGGCCGUUGCGUCCAGGACGAACGAACGGGCAGCGUGCGAUGCGCAUGCGCUCUCGGCUACACGGGCGCCUUCUGCGACCAAGAAGUGGACCUGCGACGUCCCCGCUUUUCCGGUUCGUCGUACCUGGCCCUGCCGACGCUGCGGGACGCGCACAAGUCGAUGCAGAUCACGCUCCAGUUCCGGCCGGAGACUCACGACGCCCUGCUCCUCUACUCCGGAGAGACAGCGGAGCUCCAGGGAGACUACUUCGCCAUCCUGCUGUCCAAGGGCUUCGUCGAGUUCAGGUUCGACUGUGGCAUGGGUCCUGGAACACUGCGCAGCGAUCAGCCGGUGCUGCUCAACGCCUGGAACACGCUCACAGUGUACAGGGACCGAUGGGACGCUUGGAUGCAGCUGAACAGCGGCCACCAGGUUCAAGGACGUUCCAAAGGCCUGUUCUCGAGGAUAACUCUGCGGCUGAACGUCUACCUCGGCGGGUCUCCCAACGCUAGCCUCGCUGCCGGCAGGCUGGGCGUCAGGGAAGGAUUAGUGGGCUGCAUUCGACAUCUGGAGAUUAACGGGCGCCGCUACGACUUCCGGUCCACGUCGCUAAGAGGCGACGCCAUUGAAGGCCUCGACGUUGAUGAAUGUGGCGGUGACGGAUGCAGUGGAGUGAGCUGUCAAAACGGCGGUCAGUGCAUCGCCAAUGGAGUGGAACAGGGUGUAUGCCUCUGUGCCUUGGGCUUCGCGGGAGCCUCAUGUGAAACACCUGUGGAGAUCGUGGUGCCAUCUUUUAAUGGGUCGUCCUACCUCCGGUUUCCCGGACUGGGCAAUGACCAUCUGUCAUUCCUGGACGUCCAGCUGGUCAUGAAGCCUCUGUCACCGCAUGGUGUCUUUUUCUACAACGGAGCUAAGAUGGACGGCACGGGAGAUUUUGCGUCGCUCCAAAUGGCCGACGGUCACGUCGAGUUCCGCUUCGACCUCUCUACUGGCACAGCAGUACUCAGGAGUCCGUUCUCGGUGGCCCUUGGUGAGUGGCACGUGGUGAAGGCCUCCCGCACCGGUCGACUCGGAACCCUGAAGAUCGACGGCCAACCCAGGGUGGAGGCCCACUCGCCGGGUGCAUUCACACAGCUCUCGCUUCCUCUGAACCUUUACCUGGGUGGCGUGCCGGACCCUAAGGAGACGGCAGUCGGUGCCGACAUUAUGCAGUCCUUCGUUGGCUGUGUACAAAGGCUGACCAUCAACAACCGGCCAGUGCGGCUGAUGCAAGAGGCCCUGUCAGGAGUGAACGUGGAGAACUGUGUUCAUCCUUGCGUCACGGGCCCCUGUUACAAUGGCGGUGCCUGUCAGCCACGCAUGGAUCUGUACGCCUGUCACUGCAAACUUGGCUAUGCCGGAUCCAACUGCCAGAAUGAGGUGAAGGAGGCCAUUGCAGAACCAAUGAUGGGUGGAGCCAGCUACCUACAUUACACAUCAGAUGACAUCAUGCGAAGGAUACGUGGCGACCAAUUGGACGUUGUCCUGGCCUUUCGGUCAUUCUCAAGUCACGGCCUGCUGUUUUGGGCCGGAGACUCUAGCCAACAGAACCGUGGUACCCUGUACUCGCCAUCGGACUAUCUGUCGUUGGGUCUGGAGAAAGGUCUACUGACAUUACGCUUCAACCUUGGUUCCGGGGAGGCGCAGCUCUGCUGGAACACUACGCGGGUUGACGACGGCCGCUGGCAUCGUGCAGCUUUGAGCCGAAGUCGUCAGCUGGCUACGCUGGGUCUCGACGGGACAUCACCCGUGGCAGUGACGUCCCCAGGACGACUGAGGCAGCUGAACGUGCGCAGCGGACUUUACAUUGGUGGCAUUGGCGACGUUGCCCACGUGACCAGAGGGCGCUACAAAUCGGGCCUGGUCGGUUGCGUUGCCAAUCUUACCCUCGCCAGUAACUACCACGUCCGGCUGGUCUCGCAUGCUGCAACAGGCAUCAAUGUACAACCCUGCCUUUGAGCACAAGGCGACGCACCGCACGUACAGCCCCCUGCAUAAGUAUGACCAGGCUCAGUGAACAGCGCACCAGGUAGCCCCAGAGAUCCGUUGUGCCCACACUUUCGUUUUGCCACAAGAACUGAUGCGUUAUGCGAGCGCUCUCCAGGUGGGUGACGUGACAGUAGUAGGCUGAAGCAUCAUGCAAGACAUGAUUGUUCUGUCUGAAAUAAAGUAUGCACUGAAGGUCGAAUGCUAUGACAACACUGCCCGUCAUAGCCUAAUUUAGAAACCCGCUAGUCAACAUACUUAGCUUUCUUUUCAUUCCACAACGCGCCAGGAGCAAUGUCUUCAUUGCCAGAUUCCCCGGGGACCAUUAAGAAGCGACGCUUGGGCUACCCUGGCUGCGACAAAGAAGACAGAACAGAAGCUCUGAAACUAUGGAUAACACGUGCGAAAAUCCUGAAUCUGCCUGCAACGGACGCUGCCGUGACAGCUUUUGCGACGCCUAGAAACUACGCAAGUGCCCACGCUACCAUUCUAACCCAAAUGUUACUCUCCAACGUCGCGCCUUACGUGCUCUACCCGUGACAUCACAAAGUAUGGCCACAAGUAGUCGGACACUACGUGACAAUGACGUCUGACGCGCAGUCGUGGUAUGAACUCUUGUUAAGUUGAUUGGAGUGGCCCGAAUAGAUGUGUGUAGUGCUAUAAUUAACCCAAUGGAUUUCGUGCCACCAUAGUUAUCCUCGCCGAACCAUGCGGAAUUCGUGGACAGAACUACGACAUCCGCCAGCUUUGCUACGCCUUGAAGCAUGCAAACAAAGAACUGCGACCAGCGCUCGUCGGACAAUGAGUAGUCAUACAUGCAAUGUGCUGUGAAUGCUUGUGAAGAGAUGGAAGCAUGCGUUACGAUGUGGUGUAUGCUUGAUCACCCUUGUACGGUUACAGCUAAUGUGUCUGCACCUUGUCUCAUUCCUGUAGGUGUACAAUGCAGCACAAUCACCGAACAUGGUAAUUCCCUGCAACAGUAAUGUUCUGAAGUGCAUUCUAGCCCUACAGGAUUGAUAUCCUUUGUUCAUAAAAUCUCAAAUGGUAACGUGUGCGCACGCAUUUGGUAGAAAAUACUUACUCCUUAAGUAACUAUUCAUACCGUGGCUUAUAAUAGGCUGAUUAAUACGUUUUGAACGUGCACCACAUGCUACUAGCACAGAAAAUGUGAGACAAGGCACGCACAUGUGUGUGUGUUUCCCAAUUGUUCUUGUACAAAUGUCUCCUAGCAACCACUCCUGCUUAUGUAAUACCUCUAGUUCAAACAGCCACAGAAGCGUUUACAGAUAACAGAUGACUACGCUUUAACGUUCAAGCCACAGAACAUGCAUGCGUUUGUAUCACAGCUCCAAGCUUCGCGAGAUGAUCGUGGCUCCACGUGAAUUGUGGCAUGACUCGAGGGUAUGAUGUUCUGCUUGAAAUCUGUGAAGUAGAGUGUACUUUAGGGAUAAAACUCUCCUGUAAAACCUGCAAGGUAGGUCUCGGAUCUGGAUUGUUACAUUCCGUAUGUGGACUGCAGAAGUACGAGACUUCACCAUGCAUUUAACGUAAGUUAUUGCCUUCAGCACUUCUUAUUACCUUGCAUCUAUUGUUGCUGCGCUCGGCGUGCUUCUGCAUGUACUUAUAAAUUUCCGGAGAUUCUUCGUACGCACCUUCCAAUUGUGAUAUGACCCAGCACUUUGCCCUGUGUGCGUGCGUGCGUGUGUGUGUAGGCUGGCAAGAACGGACGUGUAGGGUGCAAGAAUGCGUUGUGAAUUUUCGCGACACUACCGCUAGCAAGUGUACACGAUAUUGUUUGGUGUUCCCUGGUUUUUAAUGAAUGCGGAAGCACCAGAACUAAUACUGUUCAGCAACAGCGAGAAUUUCCGCACAUGCAGUGCAUAUAACAAUAUCUUUAUUUGCCAGAACUUGAA